AUGGACUACCAGAACCGAGCCGGCUCCAAAUUCGGCGGCGGCGGCGUGGCCUCCACCUCAGCAACCAACGCCGACCGCCGUGAGCGCCUCCGCAAGCUCGCCCUCGAGACCAUCGACCUGGACAAGGACCCCUACUUCUUCAAGAACCACGUCGGCUCCUUCGAGUGCCGGCUGUGCCUGACGGUCCACCAGAAUGACGGCUCCUACCUCGCGCACACGCAGGGCCGGAAGCACCAGACCAACCUCGCGCGGCGCGCUGCCAAGGAGCAGAAGGAAGGGCGCACUGGCCUGGACCCCGUGACGGGCCUGCCGGUGGGCAUGGUCGGCGCGCAGGUUGCCGUUCGGCGGAACGUGGUCAAGAUCGGGCGGCCCGGCUACAAGAUCACGAAGACGCGCGACCCGGUGACGAGGCAGCAGGGCUUGGUCUUUCAGCUGCAGUAUCCGGAGAUUGCGCCGGAUGUGACGCCCAAGGUCAGAUUCAUGAGUGCCUUUGAGCAGAAGGUGGACGAUCCGCCCGACAAGAACUUUCAGUACAUGCUGGUGGCGGCCGAACCGUAUGAGACGUGUGGAUUCAAGCUGCAGGCGCGCGAGGUGGAUAGGACGAAUGAACGCUACUAUACCUGGUGGGAUCCGGAUUUGAAGGAGUUCUGGGUGCAGGUCAUGUUCAAGACGGAGAGAGAGGAGCGUUACAGCGGUGUCCCGGGUCUGGCGCCUUCAGGAAAUUCGCGGCGUUGA